AUGUCAGAAGCUCAGGAGGUUGCUGAAAUAAAUUAUGAGGAACAAUAUCGAAUUCUCUCCGAGGAGAACAAAAAGCUAUCAAUUGAUAUUGCAAGUUUGCAGUUGAGUAAUCGCAGUUUGGUGAAUCAAAAUCGUGAUGAAAAAAAGAAGGUUAUGGACUGUCGUCUUCAAAUUAGUGAUUUAGAAAGUCGAUUGAAAACGUUGGAUAGCCUCAAACUUGAACUUUCAGAAACCCAACUUCAAGCGGAGCGUUUGCGUCAAACACUUGACGCAAAUGAAAAUAAACUUAAUAUCACUGAACGCCGAGCCACUGAAGCCGAAGGUCUUGUCAAGGUAAAGGAUAGUAUUAUUGACAAACAGAGGAAAUUUUCUAAAGAAUUAGAAGAGAAUGUUCAGAAUUUAACCGGUGAAGUAGAUAAUUUAAAGUUGCAACGUGCUAAAUUAGAAGCCGAUUUGAGCAAAGCAUUGGAAAGAGCGGAAGAAUGUGACAAAUUGCGGGAUGCCCUGGCAUCUAAAACAGCCUUGUUGGAUGAAAUUGCCCAAUCAUCUGAGGGUGUUAGUGAAAAUGGUUUGGCUGCUGCAAAUCAGUACUUUAAAGAACAGGAAGCAAAGUUGAAUGAAGAGUUGGCUGGAGUAAAACAGGUUAAGUUUGAAUUGGAGAAAGCUUUGAGGGAAAUGACUGUUGAGCGCGAUAAUCUCCAGGCUAAUGUUGAGGAACAAAGCCACAAUAUUGAGCAAUUGAAAGAAAAGUGCUCGAACUUGGAGACUGCUGUUAAGGAAUCCAGAAUUUCUGAUAAGCGAUCCAAAAAUGAUAUGAAUUCCCGUUUGAUUGGUCCUGCGUUACCGCCUUGGUUACUUGAAGAAAAGAAGCCUGAUCCUAAUGAAAUCGAGAAACUUAAUAAUACAGAUCCUGCUACUCUUCGUACUCGCGUCAUUGAUUUGGAAGGAAAAGUGCACGAGCUGAAACAACUUGUCACUUAUCGAGAAGAUGUUAUUUUGCGUAUAUACCAGGAGAUUCAGAAGAAGUCCUCUAAACUUGAGGCAUCGGAAGUAGAGCGAUCAAGCCUGUCUGUUCAAGUUGGUAUUCUGAAGAAGGAGCUUAGCUCACUUCGAGGAAGCGGUAGACGAUCAGAAGGCGGAUAUCCACCUGAGAUUGAAAUCGAAAUCGAACGUCUUCGAGGUAAGCGUGAUCGUGAAUAUCAACGUAGAAAGCGUGCUGAGGCUGAAAUGGAUGAGAUGGAAGCGGAGUUAAAUGAGAUGAAAGAAAAGGUGAAGAAAAUGGAGGAUGAAUUAGCUGAGAUAACAAAUGCUCCUAAACCAGUUAUUCAUGCGGGUGACCCGGCCGAUAAGGCACGUAUUGCCGAACUACAAAAUGUCGUUAAUCAACUUCGCUUGGAUAACGAAUCGAAGCGCUCCGAGCUCUUUGAUCUUAGAUCACGUUUUGAGGAAAAAUCUGCGGUUUUAGAAACACUUUCCAACGAUGUAAAAGCCAAAGAACGUCAAAUUGCUGAUCUGUCGACUGAACUUGCCACUAAAACUAGUCAGUUGGAAAUGACGAAUAAGGAGCUAGAAUCCGUUCGUCUUCGUGCCAUUCGCGGUGGUGUGGAAACUGAACGCUGGGAGAUGGAUUUGAAUAGUGUUCGGACUUCUAAUCGUUUUCUCUCCCAACAGACCAAUGAACUGCGUCUUCGUCUUACUUCAACUGAGGAACAGUUAAAAGAAGCUCAAAAACAACUUUCUGUGCUUAGGAAUGGAGGAGUUUUAGGAGAAAGUGCUUCGCUAAAUGGUCAUUUGGUUUCUGAAUCGACUGAGGAUGUUGCAGAAUUAAAGUCACAGCUUGAAAAUGCUAAAGAAACUAUUGCUAAAUUGGAGGGAGCGAAUUUGGAAGCUAGUGAACUUAAGACUGAAUAUGAAAACUUGAGUAAACAAUUCAAGUCACUCAAGCAAAGUAUCUCAACGAAUAAUUCCUCUGACUCAAAACGCGUUUCCCAGUUGUUAUCUGAUUUGAAAAAGGAACAGGAGUCUUCCGCUGCUUUCGCGGAACGUUGCAGCCAUUUGACUAAACAGUUAACUGAGUUAGAGAUCACCCUGAAUGAAACUCGCCAGCGCUUGAACGAAUCCUUGAGUGAAAACCGACGAAUCGAUUCAGAACAUUCUGGCACUCAAGAUCCUCCUAUUUCUCCUCCUACCAAACGUGCACGACGCAGUACUCGUUCAAGUAGCAAUUCCGCUUCACAGGACUGUACUUCCUGCUCAGAACUGAGACGCCAGGUCGACUCGUUGAAGUCCGACCUUGCUGAAGCAAAUGCGAAGAUUGAAAGCUCUUUUUCUGAGUUUCAAGAAUUACGAACCAAAUUAAGCACAACAAGCGAAGAGGCCUGUAAACUUCGCCUGGAAAUCACAUCUCUUCACGAAAAGAUGGCUGCUGGAAGUAUUAGUCUUAAGAAACUCCGCCAUACUGCUUAUGCCUUCUUGGAGGAUACCUCUGAUCCGGUUUUGGGUGAACAACUACGUCAACAGCUCACUGCAACGGAACGGUUUUCGAGUUUUGCAGUAGGAUGUAUCCUACGGCAGAAUAUGAUGUUUGUGCCCACAGCAAAGAUCCGUUUCUGGAAUCGAAUGCAGAUUGCUUUGGGAAUUCUAGGGAAGCCAGUAGAUAAAGGCGAGGGUCAUUUGGUAGGUGUUGACUCAAUGGGGAAUCGGUAUUUUGAGGAGGACCCUGACAAAGAGAGCCUGGUCCCACAUCGUGCAAAUAAGCCGAAGAGGUAUUUUCUACUACCUGGUCAGGUUAGCCCUGAGGACUCGUGGCUUCAAAUGAAUGCCGAACUACCUCGAUUACCGAGCGAGUGGGACUCCUGGUUACGCCAUAGACGUCCUGAUCCACCAACGGAGGAAGAGAUAGCUAGAAAUGCAGCUGCUGCUGAAAUGCGAGCUAUUAAGGGCCGUGAGUUUGAGGAGAAAUUCAGGGAGGAACUGAGACAAAGAUCAGUAAAAGCUGGUGAUGAUUUGUCUUUCAAUUCGUUCUCACCAUCAAAAGAUUCUACUCCGAAAUCAUCAUCCCAAAACAAGGAAGGCGUUCCUUUUCCCCAUCACCCUGGUCUUGAAGUUGGCCCCGGAGAACAUCGUUAA